UUCGGGCAAAUAUGACAGAAAGUUGUUUUCAUAAAAGUUACCAACUGCAGCUUUAAUGUACAUCAAAUGCAGAGAGAACCAGACUUUUUAUUUAAGACCUUUAUUUAUAAUAUCCCUUGUUCUGUGGUGAAGACAAACUCAACACUUCUUCCUAUUUACCUGCUGUCUGAAUUAAUUCAUAGAUUCCCAUAUCACUAAUUAUAUCAGUACAAUAACAGAGUCAUGUCAUACUCACCACUGCUUAAAACAGAUAUUGUUGUUAUCCACUAAUUGGUUCCUGUCUCUUCCACUUUGUCAUUUUUUUGAUUGCUGUUAAGUUAAUGAAACUCAACACACCCUGCAGAGAUGUUUCACAAUAAAAGACCACCAGUGGCUCAUAAUCCCUCACUUUUAAUAGAAAGCUUUCAAUUUGAAAUAUCUGCAGGAAGUGCUGAGUUUCACGAAUGAUAACGUGAUAACAAUUUAAAAAAAGUAAAAGUAGAAGCAACCGGAAAUAAUUAGUGAAUGAAAACAAUGCUUGUGUUAAAAAGAGAAGGGGACAUGACUGUCGUGUUGUUAUUGCUGAGGAAUUACCUUUACUUUACCUUUACCUUUUUCCAGACCUUGAUUAGUAACAGUUCAGCUGUUGGUGCUUUCAUUUGAGACUCUGUUCUGUGUCUUCCCGCUGCAGCUCAUGGCCCCUCAUCUGCGUUACACUCUAGAGAUCAACUGUAGAGGGCGCACUCAGCUCCUCUCGUCCACUGGCAUCUUCAAAAGGGUUGUGUCUACGGGUGGUGAUGGCCUGGUGAUUCUGGCUCAGAGGGAGUACAAGGGCCUGACCUACCGCUCCCUCCAGCCUCCCAAUGACUUCCCCGACAGAGGCGUCUCCCAGCUCCCAAACUAUUUCUACAGAGACCACAGUCUGAUGCUGUGGGAGGCCAUACUCAGUUUUGUCUCAGGUAUGGUAGGCCUGUACUACCAGUCAGACCAUGAUGUGCAGGAGGACCUGGAGCUCCAAGCCUGGAUUAGAGACAUAUCACUGGAAGGCUUCGCAGAACUCCCCAAGUUUGGUCUGCCCAGUAAGCUCAGCACCAGAGAGGAACUCUCCACCCUGCUGUCAGUGGCCAUCUUCAUCAGUACCGCCCAGCACGCUGCCACUAACAACGGACAGUUUGACUGGUGUGCCUGGGUCCCCAACACCCCCUGCACCAUGAGACUCCCUCACCCAACAGACAAGGAUGCUGUCACCAUGGAGAUGAUCAUGGCCACCCUUCCUGAUGUCAGCCAGUCCUGUGUGCAGAUGGCUAUCACAUGGCAUCUGGGGCGAGCACAGCCAGACGCAAUUCCAUUGGGCCAAUACACAGUGGAGCACUUCACGGAGGGGCGGGCCCAGGAGGUGAUUGACAGGUUCACAGCAGAGCUGAAGGAAAUUGAGAAGCACAUCAUGAGUCAGAAUGAAGGACUGGAGCUUCAGUACCUGUUCCUCCUGCCCAGCCAAAUAGAGAACAGCAUCACUAUAUAAAGAGACUAACAGACUACAAGAUUAUUGCAGAAAAAGAUUCUAAUUACAUCUGCUGUGAUUUAUGGAGGCCCUGAGAGGCAAGUGAGACCUUUGCACACUGUAAAUGGAUCCCUCGUUUAUUUUGUGGGAUUAAUUUGCACAUCAAAAUAUAUUUUUUAACUGUUUUGAGCUUUCUGACAGGCCACAAAAUAUUAUGGGGCGACACAAUUUUCUUAUGGAGCGAGGUCGUUUAUUUCUGAGCUUUCGCACUAAAGGCGUCGACCAAUCCCGUUGUGCGGAACAGACAUGUUCAAUACGUCCACUAUAGUGUUCAACAACAUAAAGGCUCUGUGGUCCGAACCAAGAUGACAAACUUUAUUACUACUUUCAACCUUGACAAAGGCAGUGCAGACCAGAUCCACUUCUUUUGCUCUUACUUAUCACAAUAAAAGCCCUGGACACAUACAUUACACAUUCGUAAGUGUUUACCAGAGGGAGCUCAAAUUCAGUCAGAGCAUUGUGCUUAAAGGAAACUCAUGAAAAUAUGUUGCAGUAGCUUCAGGCUAAACAACAGUUCAGACGCUGCCUGCAUGAAUCUAUUCAAAUCUUUUAUGUAAAAGUGUUGCCAAAUCGCUGCCGGUAUGAAUAGUUUUGAUGCAAAAUAUUUGUCGCCGAGUAUUUAGCAUUUUCGUGUUGUUUAUUUGUCACAGCUCCAGUGUGUAAAGGCCUGGAGACUGAUCUCAAAUGUUUUCUCUCCUAUGUGUAUAAAUUAAGAACAGGUGGAAAAUAGAUCAUUUUAGUUAGUUUUUCAUCUGUGAAGACAGGUGAAAAAAAAAAGCAUUCAUGUUGUCUUCCAGGCGAGUUCUAAUUUACUUACUAACACAGUAACUCCACAGCACUCCAAGCUUGUGUUUGGAGUGCAUGGAGAAACUAAAACAUGAACGCUUCUAGUCCUUUUUAGGUAGUGGUGCACUUCAGCCUCUUGUGGCCGAAGUGAGUACUACACUAAUAUUGUAAUAAUAUUAAAAAACAAAUAGCCUACCGAACCUUUAAAAAAAAAAAAAAAAAAAAAGUUUCACUUACCUUUCGGAGCUUCCUUAACGAUUCAAUGUUGUAAAAACACAGAAAAAAUGUGAGAAAGCUAAGUAGGGAAAAAAUACAUACAUUUCUAUGAAUAUUAGACCAUUUAUGUUUUUUAUGACAUGUUAAAAUGAUCAGCCAGUGUGUCUGAAUGUCUACCAGAGGCAGUUGGGUUGUGUGUCAGCCACAUCAACACCAUGGUCACCACAUCCAACGUGGCAUUUUUUACCAAAUUGUGCUCAUAAUUGAAGCAUGAAACAUACCAUUGAGUGGAAUGCUGGAGACGUAGAGUUGUUUCUGUCUCUGAAAACGCUGCAUCGGGUGGUCGAUGGGGAAGGGGUCAAAGGUCGUGGACCAGGAGUCGGUGGUCAGUCGAAAGGCCAAGGAGGAAAUUUACCACGUUGAGCUAAGCUAUUUUUGUCAGUGCGCUUUUGAUUUUAUUCUAUAGCCAAUAUUUUCAUCUUUAAGUAUUUACCACAUUUUUGUAUAUUUUAUAUUCUGGUAAUUACGGCGACAGUUGUUGAUGUGUUGAAAAGCUAGAAAGUCAUGAAGCAAGUUAACUUUGAAGAAGUGAAACAUCGGAGCUGGUGGGAAAUAAACAGUCAAAUGAAGCUGACUCAGGUCUCAACAUACCUUUAAUGUUUGAAAUGGAUGCUGGACAUUACAAUAAGGACAAGCUUCAGAAUAUGAUUUCAAGCCGACAGAAAUAAAUAACUUGAUAUGA